AAAUCCUAAAAUAGUCGGUCCAUUUUUUCUUGCCCAAAUUCAAACAGAUCUCGAUUUGACGGCCGAAGUUCAACAAACAAUCGGAAUCGCUGCAAAACCGGUGCCGAAAAUGGCCAGAUCCGCCACCAUACCUUUCAUUUGCAUAAUCCUGUUAACGAUCACCGCCUUCUAUAUGUGUAAUGCAGAAGAAUCAUCCGUCGAUUUCGUCAAGAAGACCGUCUCUUCUCACCCCAUAGUCAUCUUCUCCAAAUCGUACUGCCCAUACUGUAAAAGGGCUAAAGGUGUAUUCAAGGAGUUGAAUAAGAAACCUUAUGUCAUUGAGCUGGAUGAAAGAGAGGAUGGAGGGAAAAUUCAGAAUGCUCUGGGUGAGCUUGUUGGGAGGCGUACUGUUCCACAAGUGUUCAUUAACGGGAAACAUCUUGGAGGUUCAGAUGAUACUAUUGAAGCUUAUGAAAGUGGAGAACUAGCUGAGCUUCUUGGUAUUUCUUCAAGUCAGAAAACCGAUCUUUGAGCCUCAACAACUUGCAAUAUCUUAAGUGCUUUCUUGAUGUUGAGAUUAGUUUUUAGUUGAUCGUUUCUUAUAGGUUAUGUUAAAGUAUGUACCACAAAGACUUGUUGUUAAGGACGUUGACCCAAAAAAAUUUGGAUGCCUAUUUUAAUUCUAUGACUAUGUUUCAAGGAAUAUUUUGUUACAAAAGUAAGUUAUAUUUUUGUGUU